CUUGCAUCCUCACCUUGCUCUCAUCAGCUCCGUCUUACCGCUUCACAUCCUCAUAACAAAGAUGGGUCGUUUGAGGCAGAAAGGAAAGGCGGGUGCCGCAAAGGCCUACGUUACCCGCUCUGCCGCAGUCAAGAAGCUACAGUGCUCAUUGGCGGAUUUCCGGAGGUUGUGCAUUCUCAAAGGCAUUUUCCCUCGAGAACCCCGUAACAGGAAGAAAGCAAACAAGGGCUCGUCGGCUCCGACGUCUUUCUACUAUACCAAGGACAUCGCCUACCUCGCACACGAGCCCGUGCUGAAGAAGCUCAGGGAACACAAAGCCUUUGCGAAGAAACUUUCUCGCGCGCUUGGUAGGGGAGAGUGGAGCAGUGCGAAGAGCUUGGAGGAGAACAAGCCCGUAUACCGUCUGGACCACAUCAUCAAGGAGAGGUAUCCGACCUUCGUCGACGCUGUCCGAGACAUCGAUGACGCUCUUUGCAUGAUCUUCCUCUUUGCGACACUACCCUCGAAUGCACGGGUUGCACCGACUCUCAUCGAGAAUUGCUCUCGACUUGCUUCAGAAUGGCAGCUCUAUGUUAUGCACACUCGCGCUCUGCGGAAGGUCUUCUUGUCAAUCAAGGGUGUCUACUAUCAGGCCGAGGUCAUGGACCAGACAGUAACUUGGCUUAUACCGUAUCAGUUCACUCAGAACAUUCCUUCGGACGUCGAUGUUCGGGUUAUGCUCACGUUUUUGGAGCUAUACCAGACUCUCCUGGGCUUCGUCUUCUUCAAGCUCUACACUGACGCUGGUCUCGUUUACCCGCCUCCUCAGGAUGCUGCGAAAGACGAAUCAGGGGCCGGUGUUGGGGCGUUCCGUCUACAGGAGUCCACGACUCAGCCUUCUACUACUCCGACGAAAGUGAAGGAAGUCGAGGUCAACGGCAAGCGUGUCUCAACGAAAGACGUGAGACAGACAAUCAAGAGUAUCGCAAACUCUGCUCAAGGCGAUGCAGACGCAGAUCUGCCUGCCGCGGACUCCGCCGUUCCCGAAGAGGACGAUGAAGAGUUCGUGCAACAUCCAUCUACAUCGAAUCUCGACGAGACGGCGUCACUGCCGACGCUACGUACCCUAGCCGCCAUCCCCCAGUCCACCACGUCAAAACUAUUCGCCCCAUACACGUUCUGGCUGUCGCGAGAAACCCCUCGACCGAUAUUCGAGUUCACUGUGCGUUCCUUCGGUGGUCGAAUAGGAUGGCCGGAGUCGUCGGGGAGUGGCUCGCCAUUCGACGAGACGGACGAGACGAUUACGCAUGUCAUCAUUGAUCGACCGGUCGUGGAAAAGUCAAACGAGACGGAGGAGGAGAAGGAGCGGCGGCGGCGAAGAAAGUAUGUUCAGCCGCAAUGGGUGGUGGACUGUAUCAACGUCGGGAAGAUUCUCCUGGAGGAGCCGUAUUUGCAAGGCAAGACCCUCCCCCCUCAUCUCAGUCCGUUCGGAGAGCUUGCUGGCGCGUAUGAUCCUGCUGUCGGCAUCGCAGGAGAGAGUGCGGAGAUGGAAGAUGAAGAAGAGGUCGAGGAAGAUGCUGCAAUGCACGACGAGGACGACGAGGCGGAGGAGACUGUACGUCCUGAGAAAGCCGCUCUUAAGGCUGCAGCAGAGGCGGAGGACGAGGCAGCUCUGCGCGCUGCAGAGCUCGAAGCGGAGGCCGCAGGCGUGGACUACGGCACCUUUGAAAAGGAAGCGAAAAAGGCAGCGAAGAAGGCGGCUAAGUCCCCUGCGCAGGUGGACGGUGAGGCCGAGCAGGAGAUGAACAAGAUGAUGAUGAGCAACAAGCAACGCAAGCUGUACGAGCGUAUGAAGUAUGGCGAGAAAAAGCGCACGGCAGAGAAACAAAACCUAGAGCAGAGGAAGCGUGCUAUCGAAAAGGAGAAGCGCAAGCGAUCUAAGACAUAGUCGUGAGUGCUGGCGGUAACCAGCCUUGUCUCUGCAAUUUUCUGUGUUUAAUUUCGAUCUGGACAUCACUUUCCACGGCACAUCGAUGAAUGUUGUCGUAUGAUCAGCAUGUUGUUCUUUCUAUAUGCAUUGGCGGACCCAACUCGAGACAGUAA